AUGCAUUUCAUACCUUAACACAUAGUUGUCUCUUCCAGCCCUACAGAACAAAAAGCAUGGGAACUUAUUAGUGGUCUGAGUAAUCACGUGAUAUCCCCCAACGGUUUCUUUUUUUAUUUAUCUCUUAUGUAAUACGCCUUUGGCCUAAAUGCAUAUAAAACCUCACACUGGGUAAGACAUGAAAGCCAUUUCGAACAUGUCAUAUACCAUGAAUAUGUAGCUAAAGGUGACCAUCACCCCUUUACCCGGCAUUGAGUCAUUGAGUCUUUUACUUCACUGUCAUGAAGAGCACAGAACAUCUGAACAUGAGAUUUAGUGGGUAGGGUAACAACGGAAUCACGUGAAAGUCAGAAAGAAAAAUUAGAACUUGACCUUGAAGACUCUAACCCAGGUACAUUCUAGUGCUACAAGGUAUCACCAGCUCAGAUCAGGUAGUGGCAGGUACUUCAUGAACCCCACUACCCCUCCACCCCUCCAAUGGCAAGAGCACUGUAAUAGAAAGCUCUGAGGUAUUUCAAAGUUCAAAAUCAAAUUAUUACUCAUUGUCCUUUUUUUUUAUCGCUAUUAAAUUCGGCAUCGACUUGGACCAGAACGAAAAAAAAAAAGAAUAGAAAUAAGAAUCAUGUCGUCUGAAGCCCUCACAUCCAUCCCUCUCACUUCUCUUCCCCGUCUGUCUCAGGGAAAAGUCAGGGACCUUUUCUCUCUUCCAGACAACCACACGCUUCUCUUUGUUACAUCAGAUCGCAUAAGUGCCUAUGAUGUAAUUCUCAAGAACGGUGUUUCAUCCAAGGGGGUCAUCUUGACCCUCCUAUCUGCCGAAUUCUUCAAAGUGCUUUCAUCUCGUAUUCCGGGCUUGAAGCAUCACUUUAUUGGCCUUGGUCCGUUGUCGGCAUCUAACAUCGUCACUGCUGAAGAGCAACAGAUGCUCCGCGGCCGCUCAAUGACUGUCCGCCGUCUCAAAAUAUUUCCCAUCGAAGCAAUAGUACGUGGAUAUGUCACUGGAAGCGCGUGGUUAGAGUACCAGAAGAGUCAAACGAUCCACGGCAUUGAACAAGUUCCUGGUCUUUCACAAUGUCAACAACUCCCUCAGCCCAUAUAUACACCAUCUACUAAAGCAGAGCUAGGGGAGAAAGAUAUCAACAUCUCCCCAGCCGAGGCGAGAAAAAUUGUGGGCGAUAAAUAUGCUUCGCGCAUCGAGGACUUGGCAAUCGCAUGCUACAAAGCGGGGGCCGCAUAUGCAGAAGAACGCGGCAUCAUCAUAGCGGAUACUAAGUUUGAGUUCGGAUUGGACGAGGAAACUGACGAGAUAUACCUUGUAGACGAAGUUCUCACGCCCGACUCAUCACGCUUCUGGAGCAAAGCCGACUAUGAAGUUGGACGGGAACAGGAUUCAUUUGACAAGCAAGUUCUCAGAAAUUGGUUGACAUCAAACGGUUUGAAAGGAAAGCCGGAUGUGCAGAUGCCCCCCGAAGUUGUAGAGAAGAUAAAGGGACGAUAUCUAGAACUGUUCGAGCGGCUAACAGGAAACACGUUAGAGGAUGCCUUAAAAGGUUUGUAAAGUUGAAACUGCCAAAAUAGGAGCAGCAACACUUUGCGUAGUAAAUCCAAUGGCAUCUCUGAUGCAACGGCUUGUGGCUAGGUAUUAGGUAGUAAAUACGUCUGGUUAUAGCCGUGGAGUUUUCAAGUUCGGAUAUAGACCUGACUAGAUCAGAUAUCUACUAUCAAUGCCCUCUUAAGUGCCUGGCUAUCAGGUAGGUGUUGAUCAGAUUUAACGAUACUACGUAUCCCACGCCGGAUUUAAUUUUGAACGAAGUUUCCGGACGCAUACCUAGUGGAUAGAUAGGCAUCUACAACCUUUAUAAGCUUCGAAUUGAUUUGGACGUUCGGAGUUUUUGCUCUUAUUGGCAACCAUUUGGUGUGGUCGCAGUUAACUAGGAUAUCGUCUUGCGAGCUAGACGAAUGUCUUGAUGAAACUGCAUGAAGCAGUCAAGACACCAGAAGAUACGAUGCAUAGUGAACGCCACCACGCAGAGGAGAUUGGCGGGAAUAUACAUUGCGGCCCUUGAGUCUAUGAUAUAUCCCACCUCGGGAUCUGAUCUCUUGAACAAGUCCGGAAAUCGAGAAGGGGAUAACUGCGAACUAUUAUCUCACUAUACUCUGUCUACCACAUCAAGCUGGUAUUAAAAUGCUUUGCACGCCGCUACUGUAAUUAUCGAAAAUAGAUGAGAGGAAAAACAAACUCCU